GAAAUUCCACGAUGGCUGCGCUCAGGGUCGCGCGGGGCUUAUUUAGGUCCUGCCGUGGAGUUCAAAGCGUGGAUUAUGAUGCGCGAGCGCUGUUCUUGGGUGCGCGCCGGCCGGUUUGUACUUCGUCCUCGGACGACAUUUCCGGCUGUGAAGGUGCUGAUGGCGUCAGAAAAGCCCAGUUCGCAGAUGCUGAAGUUCAGGAGAUUUUGACCAGAAUUACGGGUUUGGACCUGGAGCGAGUGUUUAAACCCAUUAAACGGGAGCUAAAACCACCCAAGUAUAAACUUAUGACUGACGCUCAGCUAGAGGAGGCAGUGCUCCGGGCGAGGGAACAGGCUGGGAAGCUUCUAAAGAUGCCUUUAGUCGUGCCUGAAAGGCAGCCCAUAGACGAUGUGCUCGCUGAAGACACUAUCCUGGAAGGCAUGGACACAGCCAAGCAUGUCUUCACUGACAUCACCUUCAGCACCCCACACAGAGAGCGGUUCAUCGUUGUGAGGGAGCCGAGUGGAAUGCUGAGAAAAGCAACGUGGGAAGAGAGAGACCGUCUCAUACAGGUGUACUUUCCCAAAGAGGGCCGUAAGCUUACGGCGCCCCCUAUCUUCAACGAGGAAAACCUCAAGGUGAUGUUUAGGCAGGACAGACAUGAGGAAGUGCUGAACCACUGCCUCGUCCAGUUUGAACCUGAUUCUGCGGACUUUAAAAAGGUGCACACGCUGGCCUUCGAGCACCUGGAACAGGAGGCCAAGUAUGAGGUUCUCCGCUCCACACGGUUCUUUGGACCUCUGGUCUGGUACCUGGUCACUAGACGCAGAGUCGACGGUCUGCUGACAGACAUGCUUCAGAGAGACCGGUUACAGGAUGCAUUGAGUUUGGUGCGGCUGUUUAACCUGGUUCAUCCUCAGAGUGACUGUGCCUUACAGGCUGUGCAACAACAAGCCACAGGGUUGGACUUGCUCAAGAUCUUUGCUGAUUGUGAGUCUCAGAAGUCUGGAUUCAUCAAACUGGCUCUGCAGACGUAUGAACACAGCGGCACAGACAUUGUCUUAACAGCUCCACAAAGCAAACCUGGAAUAUCAGCGCAGCAUCUGCAAACUACACAUGGAGAACUCGGAAUACCAGACUAUAGAUCUUUCUGAAUGUUUGUAUACAUAAUGUAUAAAUAUUAAGUUUAAAUAUGAACGUUGUGGAAUAGUGAGAACACGGCCAAUGGGGGAAUUUGGUGCAGGAUGACGGUUACUGUAGCGCUGUGGGGAAAUAAACUGGCUGGCUGCUCUCCCUGCCUACUAAAACGCUGGCAGAUUUUGCUAAAAUA